CAAGUUACGCAAGGUGUCUUAUGUAGUUAGCUAGCUUCAGCUAGCAUGCUUCAAACUGAGUUGGAAGCGGUGUCUUGGCUAUGGUUGCUUUGACCCGUGUGCGUUUGAUUUGGCGACAUUUAAUCAACAGCAGAAUGGGAGAUAUGUCCUCCAAAACGCAAAUGCCCACUCCUGAAACUGCUCUACCAGAUAGAAAAGAUGCCAUUAAAGUUUCAGCCAAGCACGAUGUCAACGGCAACAGGACAGUUCCGCCAUUUCCUGAGGGAAUGCAGAUGGUCAUGUUUGGCAUGGGCUGUUUCUGGGGGGCGGAGAGGAGGUUCUGGCGGCAGAAGGGCGUGUACUCUACCCAGGUGGGCUACUCAGGUGGCUACACCGCCAACGCCACCUACCAUGACGUCUGCACAGGUAAAACUGGCCAUACUGAAGUGGUGCGGGUGGUCUUCCAUCCAGAGAACAUCACUUUUGGGAAUCUACUGAAGGUCUUCUGGGAAAGCCAUGACCCCACUCAAGGCAUGCGGCAGGGUAACGACGUGGGCACCACCUACCGCUCAGCCAUCUACACCUACACCCCUGAGCAGCUCCAGGAAGCCCAGGCCUCCAAAGACCAGUACCAGAAAGGGGGGCCUGGACAAAUGGUAUGGAACAGAUUUUUGGCAGCGCCACUUCCUCUCGGCCCUAAACAUCAUAAUGGGCAGAGGCACGGCCGUGCCAGGGAAAGAAGCGGUGCCACCUUCCUCUCCGCUCCGCUCCGGGGCAAUGCUGCCACCACAAGGACGGGUGCCAGCCAAACGGAAGAGCGGCGCCAUGCUCGGAAGGCGAAGAAGGGAAAUAUAUAACGAGUGCUGCUGAUGAGUUAGCGAAGGAUGGCUUUGGGGCCAUCACCACGGAGAUAGCCGAGGCCAAAGAGUUCUACUACGCCGAGGAC